CGCUAGCAAAGAAACCUGACUCAGGGUUCGACCAUGACAGAUGGCCUCAACCCAACCGUGGUCGUCACUUCAUGGCCGACGCUUGCUCCAUCAAAGGAGACUGUUUUUAUCCUCCGUACGUCUCGGAAUAAAUUUAGCAGGAUCGCACAAAGGUAUACAGUUAUAAUAUAGACCUCUGCAUGACGGUUUGACAAUAAUUCACGCAAAAUAACUUUCAUGGUGUAUUAUCCCUCGGGAUUUCUGAGAUAAGGAUGUAUCCGAUUCGAAGGAUUACUUACAAUUUACGCAUACAAUCUUCACAGUGUUGAGUCUGCCUCAAAUCAGCUGACGUAGAACCCAAAUUAAAACAGAUCUGUCGAAAUAACAUGAACCACACAACGACUUUCGCGGACUUGGAAAGUUUUCAGGAGCGAGUGUACUUCGGAGGAAUUUAAGAGUCGACAGCAAUACUUCAUUAUUUACUGGAAGAGUUUUGUUCAGCUGAUCGUUUUACGCCUCUGACAAAUUGUCGUCUGCUUGUUUGAGGUUCUCUGGAGACGAGGCCUUCAAUUUAACAGAGUAGCAGACGCUUCAAGCACGCGAGCACGUGCGGCUAGGAAUAGAGCUGUUCGUUCAUCAGUGAUCUUGUAUACACAAAAAGAGGCAGAAUGUAUCGGAGGAAGCAAAAAUGGCUAUAAAUUACGUCUAUACAACAACACACCUGGGGAAUAUACGUAAAGCUUGGACCAACUUAUGACGGCGUCAAAACAAAGCCCAAAAAUGUUGAAGGCAAGCUUGCUGAUUCCGUUGCUGUGUAUUUCCAUCCUCGCGUACGACUUCCGUUGUCCACAAUUGGAGCAGACGACCUCCUGUAAAUGUCGCGGUACGUUCGAGUGGUGGAACAAUCGGAACGUCUCUAUCCUGAACUGCAGUGCAGUUAGUUUACAGACAAUUCCGAACCUGUACGGCGACCAGAGUUCGUACGCGAUAACAAAACUAUUUCUCAAUGGAAAUAACCUGACUCGCAUAAAAGCGAGCGAGUUUCUGCCACUUCAACAGGUAAAUGAGAUCGACCUCAGUAGGAACGUCAUCGAGACGCUUGAGAACGACUCCUUAUCGCUUGUAUCUCGGCAUUUGACGCGCCUGGUACUUGAGGGGAAUAGGAUCGCAUUAGACCAAGGAUUAUGGUUUUUGAGAGGACUUCAUACCCUUAAUGAGCUCGUACUUGAUUCUAAUACCAUCCAAAACGAAUAUCACACGUUACCUGGAAUACUGUUCCGAGACCUACAGCUCACAUCACUCAGGAAGCUAAGUAUAAAAAACUGUGGUAUUUCAAAAGUUACACCUACAGCUUUUCUAGGCCUAGAUCAUGUUGAGGAACUCGAUCUCAGCUAUAACCACUUAGAGAGUGUACCUGAAGCUAUAAAUGUUAUGAAAAAACUGCAAAAACUGGUGUUGUAUGAUAACAACAUCGCCAUUCUUAGUGAUCAUAGUUUUCGUGGCCUCCAUAUGUUAGCGGAAAUAGACAUGAGUCUUAACAUGAUGUCAAAUAUCGAGAGUGAUGCAUUCAGCGGACUUGAGGAGUCGUUGACAGAAUUAAAGCUAUAUUCAAACGCAUUGUCAGCCAUACCCUCAAACUCCCUCCACAAGUUAAGAAAAUUGCAUUUCUUAGAUUUAUCAAAAAACAAUAUUCAGUUUAUUCAAGGUAACGCUUUCAAUGGAUUGCCAAAUUUGAAAAUGCUGGAGCUUGAUUACAAUCCCUUGAUUUACUACCAUGAAAUGUUCUCUGGUUUGGAGGAUACCCUCGAAACCUUGACAUUGAGAGCGACAAAAUUGACGUCAUUUCCUGUAAAUGCCCUUAGCUCACUGCGAAAGUUAACAGAUUUAGAUCUGUCGAUGAAUCAAAUUUCUAAACCGAUGGGUAUAGGUAAAUUGUGGUUGAAGAACUUGGCGUUGGCUCGCAACAAUAUCGUGUCUUUGUCACCUUCGGCCUUUUCCGGUCUUUCCCGAUCAAUCAGCGUCGAUCUGGAUAACAAUAACAUCACCAGCAUUUCGUUUUUACUGGAGGUGACACCUUGUUCGUUUUCCUAUCUGGAUUUGGUAGGAAAUCCUGUCAAAUGUGAUUGUGACACUGAACGCAUCAUCAACAGUGGUAUGAUACUAGGCAUAGGGGGCACGUGCACCCUCAAAAACGGUAUGACGUACGAACUGAACAGCGGAUCCACUUCCGGUGUCAUUCAGCACCUCACACAGAAGUGUAAUACGACGGAGAGAACACUUAACUGUGUGAACAUGCAGUUUCUAUCAACCUCGUCGGCAGCCACAUCUCAAGUGACAUUUGUUUACGUACUUGUGAUGGCUCUUCUAUGGAAUCUUUUGAAGUAACUGACCUUAUCGUGAAUUGAAUUGUGUUAGGUGUUCUUUUCUACAUUCAUGCAACAUCCUUUUGUGUGUGUUUUUUUUUAUAUUUAGAUAAAACGCCGGAGCCAAACAUUUAUACGAAAACCUUCCAGGAUACAUUUAUUCAAAGGCUCUAUCUUAUUUUUUCGUUUAAAAUGUACACGUGUUUACGAUUUUCCGACGAGUAACAUUGACGGACAUCUUAUGUUGGAUAUAGUAUUUACACCCAUUCCGUCAAAAGCAGUAAAAUUAUCAUUUUGAUAUGAAAUGCAAAUAUCAAUAUCCUACAUAACAAAAUGUGUCUUAUUUGUUUUUAUGCAGAACACGUGUGUCGAUUGAUUGGUGUGCAGAUGUCUAAGUAAUGAUACAGAGUUGUGGAUAUAUACUAUGUAAAUAUAUGUUGUGUACUGAUUUACUAUGUAAAUAUAUAUUGUGUACUGAUAUACGUUUAGUACUGGUUCAUUGUUUGUGUUGUACCUUUCAUUGUAGAUACUUUUAUCCAUAUUUAUAAGUUGCAUUCAUUUUCAAGAUUGAGCACCGUUUACAUUGUUAAGUAGUGCUGCUGACACCCACGGUAGAUCAAGCGUUUGUAUUUGUGACAUACAUUGUACAUUGUAGAUGUGGUGUACCUUUGUCGAUUAAAUGAUGUCUACAUUUUUCA